UCUAGGCCGAAGCCCUGGGCUGCUCAGCGCUGGGGCCUUGGACCGGGAACAUGUUGGCGCUGCCGCCGCCGCCGCCUCCCCCUCCCCCUCCCCCGGACCCCCGCUCCCCUCUCCAAUCUCCCAUUUCCUUUGCGGCUCCCGGGAGGGGUCCGAGGCUCGGGCCUGGGAAGAGCCAGUCCACUUCCGGCUUGUGGAGAAGGCUGCCCAGGGGAGCGGGCCCUCCUGACAUUAUAAAAAGAAAUGUCGCGGGAGCAGGCUUGGACAUCUCCGCCGGGCCUCCCCCGGCCCCAGCAGCCCAAGCCUGGGCAAAGGCGGCGGCCUCGGCCCUUCGCCCAUCCCCGGGGAGGGGGCUGGCCCGAAGCUGGCUUGAGGCUGGCCAGGCCCCCCAGGGCGCAGGAAGGACCUGCAGGGAAGCAUUUUCUCCAGUUGGGGCAGCUCUGACCGAGACGGCGAGAGGGAGGAGAGAGGGACACGCACACACGCACGCACACACGCACACACGGGGGGAGGAGGGAGCCGCGGCAAUGAAAGUGACGACCUGAGCGCCCACAUGGACCGAGCCUCCUGGGCCGCGGGUGCGGUAGCGCUAUGCCCGCUUCGCCCAUGAAGCCGCGCUCCCCCGGAGUAUGACCGCUGUCCCCACCCGCUCCGACCCCACCGCCGCCGCCGUCCUGGCUCCCCCCUCUAGCCGUGCCGGAGCGCUCCGCCAGGCCACCCCAGAGACUAAUGGAGAGGCAGAAAAGAAAGGAAGAAAUAGAGAAAGGACUUCAGUUCAUCCAGUCCACGAUCUCACUAAAGCAAGAGGAUUAUGAGGCCUUUCUCCACAAGCUCGUUUGGAACCUGUUUGCUGAGGGCAACGACUUGUUCCGGGAGAAGGAUUUCAAGCAGGCCUUGGUGCAGUACGUGGAGGGGCUCAACGUGGCGGACUACGCGGCCUCCGACGAGGUGACGCUGCCCCGCGAGCUCCUCUGCAAGCUGCACGUCAACAGAGCCGCCUGCUAUUUCAGCAUGGGCCUGUACGAGAAGGCACUGGAAGACAGCGAGAAGGCCCUGGGGCUGGACCCAGAGAACAUCCGAGCUUUGUUCCGGAAAGCCAGUUCCCUGAACGAGCUGGGGCGCCAUAAGGAGGCCUACGAGUGCAGUAAGACGUGCUCCAUCUCCCUCCCCCACGAUGAAAGCGUCACUCACCUCAGUCGGGAGCUGGCCCAGAAGCUGAGGCUGCCCUGCCGAAAAGCGUAUAAGAGGCCUCAGGAAUUGGAGAGCUUCUCACUCCUCAGUAACGGCACGCCGGCUCCCUUGGCAGAUCAGGGAACGUCCAAUGGCCUCGGCUCUGUAGAUGACAUCGAAACAGACUGCUCCGUGGAUCUGAGAUGUCUCGCAGCCCCGACAGCCGCCUCCAUUCCUGGAGGUGAUAUCGCCCUCCUCUCCGAGCCCGAGGCCAAGGGCUCCACCACCAUCCUUUUCCCUCCCACCGCUGACCUGCUGUCCCCUCCGGAUGGGACUGGGCCCGACAGCGCCGAGGACUUCUCUGAUGGAGACGUCUUUGGGCCAGAACUGGACUCGCUGCUGGAUUCAUUGUCCCUGGUGCAGGGCUCCAUUCCAGCUGCUGUACCCAGUGAAAUGCCUCAGCGGAUCCCCGUGUUCCCAGGCGGGGCACCACUCCUGCCCCCGGUGGUGAGUGUCACCAUCCCUGUCUCCAGUCCACUGCCCCCCGCAUCCUUUGGCCUCGUCAUGGACCCCAGCAAGAAGAUAGCCUCCUCUAUGCUGGAAGCCUUUGACUCCCCAGCCUCCUCCCUGGACCCCUUGGAUCCUCUGGACCUGCUUCCAUACACAGACAGCCACCUGGAAGGCCUGGAUGGCUUCGGGCCUGUCCGGGGCUCCCUGGACACACUUGAUUCCUUCACAUUAGAGGAGCCCACGUCUCAGGACCUCCGGCCACCCAGCAGCAACGCGAAGCCACUCCCUGCACCAGCCAGCCUCAGUAGCACGAGUCACUCCCCUCUGCCCAAGGUGGCUGACCUACUGCCCCAGCAAGAGCCCGCCAUGCCCAAUACCGCCCUCCUCGUCAAGAACCCCCUGGCUUCCACCCACUUCUUCAAACAGGCCUGCCAUCUCUGCUAUCCUAAAACAGGCCCGAAGGCCGGCGACUACACAUACCGGGAGGACCUUGAGCACAAGUGUAAAAGGGACAUCCUGCUGGGGAGGAUCCGAAACUCGGAGGAUAAGACCUGGAAGCGGAUCCGGCCGCGGCCCACCAAGACCAGCUUCAUAGGCUCCUACUAUCUGUGCAAAGACAUGCUUAACAAGCAGGACUGUAAGUACGGGGAUAACUGCACCUUCGCCUACCAUCAGGAGGAGAUCGACGUGUGGACCGAGGAGAGGAAGGGGACCCUCAACCGAGACCUCCUCUUCGACCCCCUCGGCGGCGUCCGGCGGGGCAGCCUCACCAUCGCCAAGCUUCUCAAGGAGCACCAGGGCAUCUUCACCUUCCUGUGCGAGAUUUGUUUCGACAGCAAACCCCGGAUCAUCAGCAAGGGGACCAAGGACUCUCCGGCCGUCUGCUCCAACCUGGCUGCCAAGCACAGCUUCCACGACAACAAGUGUCUGGUCCACAUUGUCCGCUCCACAGCCCUGAAAUACUCCAAGAUCCGCCAGUUCCAAGAGCACUUCCAGUUUGACGUGUGCCGCCACGAGGUGCGCUAUGGCUGUCUUCGGGAGGACAGCUGCCACUUUGCCCACAGUUUCAUUGAGCUCAAGAUCUGGCUGCUGCAGCAAUACUCAGGGAUGACCCACGAGGACAUCGUACAGGAGUCCAAGAAGUGCUGGCAGCAGAUGGAGGCCCACGCGAGCAAAGCUGCCAACAGCUUGGCCAACUCUCGUGGGCCCCCAGCCAGCGCCUUUGACCUGCAGAUGAAGUUUGUGUGUGGCCAGUGCUGGAGGAACGGACAGGUGGUGGAACCCGACAAGGACCUCAAAUAUUGCAGCGCCAAAGCCCGGCACUGCUGGACCAAGGAGCGGCGUGUCUUGCUGGUGAUGUCCAAAGUCAAGAGGAAGUGGGUGUCUGUCCGUCCACUCCCAUCGAUCCGCAACUUCCCUCAGCAAUAUGAUCUGUGCAUCCACGCCCAGAACGGCCGCAAAUGUCAGUACGUGGGGAACUGUUCCUUCGCCCAUAGCCCCGAGGAGAGAGACAUGUGGACUUUCAUGAAGGACAACAAGAUCCUAGAUAUGCAGCAGACCUACGACAUGUGGCUGAAGAAGCACAACCCUGGCAAGCCUGGGGAGGGCGCUCAGGUCGCCUCCCGCGAAGGAGAGAAGCAGAUCCAGAUGCCCACCGACUACGCAGACAUCAUGAUGGGAUUCCACUGCUGGCUUUGUGGCAAAAACAGCAAUAGCAAGAAGCAGUGGCAGCAGCACAUUCAGUCCGAGAAACACAAAGAGAAGGUCUUCACGUCGGAGAGCGACUCCACCUGUUGGACCUUCCGCUUCCCCAUGGGCGAGUUCCGGCUGUGUGAGAGGUUCCAGAAGAAGAAGGCUUGCCCGGAUGGGGACAAGUGUCGCUGCGCCCACGGGCAGGAGGAGUUGACCGAGUGGCUGGACCGGCGAGAGGUGCUGAAACAGAAGCUGGCCAAGGCCCGCAAGGACAUGCUGCUCUGCCCCAUGGACGACGACUUUGGCAAAUACAACUUCCUCUUGCAGGACAGCGUCUAGGGGCCCCGGGGCCCCGGGACACCCAGGCCUCCUGCUUCCCAGGCUCGGCUUUUCUGGCCUCUGCUCCCCUUUUGGUCGGCCAUCCCCGCUCCGGGGGGCCGCAGGGCACCACCUCCUCCAACGAGUGGCCAAAAAGCCGGGCCGAGGAAAGCGGGGGGACGGAGAAGGACUUGGGGAGGCUUUCUCCCUCCCCUCGGGGUCCCCCUUCGGUGCUGACGGGCGACCCUGGCAGGGAGAGAGCGCCCGCAUUAUCAUCCCCAUUUCACAGAUGGGGAAGUUGAGAUUCCGAGUGGGCAAAGCAGCUCCCGAGCCGAUCGGUGGGCAGACACUCCUCGGGGCGCCGUUCCCGGGCAGCUUGGUCUCCUCGGGCCCUCCGCUGGCCCCCUUUGGAGGGGGCGGGGACAGGACCCGUCAGCCCACCAGCACCCUCGAGCAUCCACUAGCCCUGGCUUAGGGAGAUGGGAGGAGUGGUGAUGGGGGGCUGCCGAGGGCAGACUCUUCCCUGGCUUCCGCGGAGCCCCCUCCCUGCCAGAGCUCACCCUUAACUCUGAUACUGAUGAGGGCCAGCGUGCCGGGGUCCCCCUCCUGGCCCAUCUCUGCCGUGCUCCUUGGGAGGACCACAGCUAGGGACAGAGGGGCAAGUCACGUGCCUCCUCGAGGCCUCAGCUUCCUCAAAUGUAAAAUGGGGGCACUAGAUGGCUUCUCUGGUCCCUUCCAGCUCCAAGUCUAUGACUCCACGGCCCCACGUGAUUUCCCCUGUUUGCACCUCAGUCUCUUCAUCUGUUAAAUGGGAGGCUGAAAUCGAUGGCCUCUAGGGUCGGUCCCAGCUCCAAAUCUGUGGUCCUACCAUCUGAAGUCUCUUCCCUGGGGUGGGCCUCGAUGGCCCUUGAAGUCCUUUCCAGCUCCAAAUCUGUGGCCCCCCAUUCUGGGCCUGCUCCCCUAAUUUGACAUUGCUUGGGUUCAGCAUGGAUGGGGGAGGCCUUUCUCCAUCCUCUUUGGUCUGACACCCCAGCUUAACCUUUCACCCCACCCCCUGCCCGAUUCAAGCCUGGGGGGCCCCCAUUCCCUGCAGCCCUUGCCAGGACUCCCAACCUCUAUUCGGGCUGCUGGGUAAAGCGGGAUCGCCCCCGCCGGCCCCGUCUCGUCACCAGCCUCGUGUGUGUGUGUAUAUAUGUGGCCUCCAUGAUGCAUAUAUACACAGGUAGUAACUAUAUCACUCUAUAAUAUUCUAUAUGUGUGUGGUAUCCCCAGAGCUGCUCAGAGGGGGCUCAAAGACAAAGGCCUUGUUUGGGAGAUGCAGCAGGACCCAGAGAAAGGAGGCCCACCCCGGGGUCUCGAGAGCGAAUCCUGGCUGUGUGGCUCAUGAGCCCCCUCAUCCCUGGCCCCGCUCUUGGGGGGGGACCCUGAAGGAAGGCCCGAGAGGCUCAAGAGGAAGGGGGCCCGUGCCGUACAGUGGCCUGGAUUCGAAUGCUCCGAUACCACACUUUACUAUUCAAUAUUCAUAAGGCCUAGUAAUAUCGUAGACGUUUUCAUAACAAUUUUGUGGUCGUUCUUCUUAAAACCGAUCAGACAAACUUGCAUCUUUUAGCCUUUGUACUAGGAAAUAAAAGUGCACUUUAACCUGC